AUGGCGGAUUCAAUGGACGACCUGUAUGGACGACUGCACAUCAUAGAAAAACAGCUGAAGGAUCUAUCCAACAUCUCUCGUAGGCACAACAUCAGAAUCAGGGGUCUCUUGGAGUCAUCAGGAGAGGGCUCUCGUCUGCAACUGAUCUACAAGUUGCUUUGCCCACUUCUGCCAGAUAUCCCUGAGGAGAAAUGGUCUAUUGAAAGAGCGCAUAGGGUUCUAAGAGACAGGCAAUGUUCCAAGGGACGUCAUAGCUCAGUUCCACCACUGUGCUACAGCGGAGACAAUCAUCUGGAGAUGCUGCAGCAUGGAAGUCAAAAACAAAGCUAUAGAGUUGCAGAUCUAUCAGGAUUUGGCUCCGUUCACCCUACAAAAGCGCAAGGCCUGGAAGCUGGUAUCCGACACCCUGCACACCCAUAA